AAGAAAAGGAAAAAAGAAAAAAAAGAAGGGGGAAAGGGCAAGAGCUGUAAUCACAUGGGUAUUGUCGUAACUGGGGUCUUCCCCUUUUCUUUCUCUCUCCUCUCUCCGUCGCCCUAAACUCCAUUUUCCAUGCUUUCUUAACUCCUCUCCUCUUUCUCUCUCCUCCUCCUCUCCUCUUUCUCUCUCCUCCUCCUCUUUCCCAGCUUCCAUGGCUGACGACAAGGAGUUAGCUUCGACGGUAGUAGACGGCAAUGGCGCUGUCACUGGACAUAUUAUUUCAACUACAAUUGGGGGUAAAAAUGGAGAACCUAAACAGACAAUUAGUUACAUGGCAGAAAGAGUUGUGGGCACUGGAUCUUUUGGAAUUGUAUUUCAGGCAAAAUGUCUGGAAACCGGAGAGACUGUAGCCAUUAAGAAGGUGUUGCAAGAUAGAAGGUAUAAGAACCGUGAGUUGCAGUUGAUGCGAGUGUUAGACCAUCCAAAUGUAAUCUCGCUCAAGCAUUGUUUCUUCUCAACAACUAGUAAAGAUGAGCUUUUCCUCAACUUGGUGAUGGAAUAUGUCCCUGAGACCAUGUAUCGGGUUUUGAAGCACUAUAGUAGUGCUAAUCAAAGAAUGCCACUCAUCUAUAUUAAAUUGUACACAUAUCAGAUCUUCCGUGGCUUGGCUUAUCUGCACCAUGUUCCUGGAGUUUGCCAUAGGGAUUUAAAGCCUCAAAAUGUUUUGGUUGAUCCUCUCACCCACCAAGUGAAAAUAUGCGAUUUCGGAAGUGCUAAAGUUCUUGUUAAGGGUGAAGCCAAUAUUUCCUACAUUUGUUCUCGGUUUUAUCGAGCUCCUGAGCUUAUUUUUGGCGCCACUGAAUACACAUCCUCAAUAGAUAUAUGGUCUGCUGGCUGUGUUCUUGCUGAACUUUUGCUUGGUCAGCCAUUAUUUCCUGGGGAAAAUGCUGUUGAUCAGCUCGUUGAGAUCAUCAAGGUCCUUGGUACACCAACACGGGAAGAAAUUCGAUGCAUGAAUCCGAAUUACUCUGAUUUUAGGUUUCCCCAGAUUAAAGCAACUCCUUGGCACAAGGUUUUCCACAAACGCAUGCCUCCAGAGGCCAUUGAUCUGACUUCAAGGCUGCUUCAGUACUCACCUAGUUUACGCUGCACUGCUUUGGAAGCAUGUGCGCAUCCUUUCUUUGAUGAACUCCGGGAACCAAAUGCUCGUCUUCCUAAUGGUCGCCCAUUGCCUCCUCUCUUCAAUUUUAAACAGGAACUGUCUGGAGCUUCAUCAGAUCUAAUUAACAAGUUGAUUCCAGAGCACGUUAGGCAACAGUAUGGUCACAAUUUGAUGCAUCCAACAGGGACAUAAUUAUCAAUAUAGCACAUAUAGAUGUUUUUUGCUGGUUGAUGAGUGAGAUCCUGUGGAAAACCAUGAUCAAGAUCUUAGUCUAAAUGUAUGGAGGCAUCCCUAUGUAAUUUUCUCAGCCAGAACGAGUGGGCAAACAUGUAGCUCCAACUUCUGCUUGCUUAACUCUCGUGCACUCAUUCUCACCGCCAACGCGCUUUUUUGUCUGUAAAUUGUUGAUAGAAAAAGUCAAUCUGAUAAUGUACUCAUUGAAGUUAGUAGAGAGGAGGUUGUAAUUGUUUAUGGCUGUUAGGAAAGACCGCUGAAGAGCGGUGGAGACAGAAAGGUGUAGUUGGUGGGUGUAUUUUCUUGUCUAUUUUGUUUACUCUGUAUGUUAUCCAGUAGUUUUUCUAUCUUCAUUGCACCAAAUGCAGACCUUGGACAGGAAGAAGUGUAGUACCAUUAUUAUCAAUCAUCCUGUGAAAAGUAAUGUUUGCUUACUAUCUCAUUCAGUUCAUAAAUUAGUAUUUAGUAAAGCUCA